AAUUUUCCAUCUUUCCAACACAGUUUUAUUCCGUUUUCUCGGCGUUUUGCAACACCAUCUGUAUGGUUUUUGUGUCUAUUGGCGCUAAUUUGUUAAGGAGUUGUUUAUUUUCAUUAAAAAUGUCUAAUAAAGCGGACAAGUUGCUGAAACAGGCCAUCAAGGAGCAGCAGAAACGAAUUAGACCUGGAGAAUGUCAAAAAUACGUGCGUAUGGUGCUGGACGCGGGAUUACUGCGUAUUCCUUUGGGUCAGGAGCUAAUAUCGCAAUUGAAUAAUACAGACAUGAAAUACGAAAUACGCAGCUUGCCGGCAAGUAAUUGUAUUAUCUGGGAGCGCAAUGUGGGUCAGCAGACCUUUGUGCCGGUGACAGCUGCCGGCUCAACGGGACUGGAAGAUGCCUGGCAAAUGGAGCGACAAGUUUUGCGAUUGUUCACUGAAUCUGAUUUUCAGCGCGCACUAAAGGAUCAGAAUCUGGCGUGUAUUGGACCAAGGCUCCAUGAUGCCUUCCCCCUGCCCAACUGCCAGUUUACAGUGGUCGUACCACGGCUGCGUCAUGGUAAACACAGCAACUCCUCCAGCAGCGAGGCAAAUGCGUUGAUUGAGUUGCAACUGCUGCAGCAGCUGCACGUGGAGCAGUUGGCCCAACCACAGGGUCAGGAACUGUUGGCGCUGCUGCAACGCUACACCAAAGCCAUUGCGGAGACACCCUACAAGCAGCAGCGCCAAGCGAUCCUCGGCAGCUUCAAGAAGUACCUGGCCAACGACAACAAGCAAUGCGUGCGCGUGGAUCAGGGCCAUGGAUUUGGACGCCUCUGGCAGCAACAUCUCAACAGACUGCCUCAGGUCACUCUAGAGGUGGCCGAAUCCAUUAUAUCACAGUAUCCAUGUCCCAAACGCUUGUUGGAGCACUUCAGCAGCGAUUCCAAUGCGGUACAAACGCUGGCAGACAUCAAGAUCAGGCGGGGAAAUGGACCACAGCCUCUCCAGUCGGAAAGACGCAUCGGAAACGUGCUUAGCAGUAAACUAUAUACUCUGUAUAAUACUAGAGAUCCGAAUACUUUGAUUUAGCUUUAGUUUCUGUUUAGUUUAUUCAGCUUUUCGUAUUUUACAAAUGAUCGAUCGUUAGAGUGCUAAAAUAUUGUACAGUUUAACUAUUGUUUAUAUAUUGUAGUUGUAAGUA